AUGGCGUCGUUCUGCAGCCACUCAAUCCUCCGGCCACCGACUUCCGUUCCCGCAAAAAGUCUAAUCUCCAGCGACGCUAGCCUGUGUGCCGCCUACCUUAUCCUGCGCGCCCAUACGCCAUUCAUCACGGCGGGAACUAGUGCGAUUAUCCUUAGCCAACCUCAUCCCACCAAAAUGGCGUCGUUCUGCAGCCACUCAAUCCUCCGGCCACCGACUUCCGUUCCCGCAAAAAGUCUAAUCUCCAGCGACGCUAGCCUGUGUGGCGCCUACCUUAUCCUGCGCGCCCAUACGCCAUUCAUCACGGCGGGAACCCUUUCACGACCUCCGAGGGCGGUCUCACCUCAGACCUACGUCUAUCCUGACCCCAUCCCUGAAUUUGCAGAUGCCGUAAAUAAUUCUUUCUACCUCAAGUGUGAUGUUGGGGGGGCCGACGAUCUUGGCUCCGACGUCGCCAACGACUGUAUCAUCGGUGAAGAAGGGCCUGGGUUGAUUUUGUGGUUAGGUUUUAGUUGA